AUGACGCACGGCAUCUUCAAUUCUAACUGGUCAAGGUUCCUGCAUCCCAAUGCUCCUGAUCCCAAAACCUUCAAGUACCACCCUGACAACAAAGCUGUAUUCGCCUCGCCCUAUGGUCCUUUUGCUCAUACACCCGAGGACCUCAAUGUUCACGAACUCUGCUUUCCACCUGGCACUCCAUUACCCGAAGACUACCCUCUGAUCAUUAAUGCCGCCACAGAGGAAGUCGUCACACUUCAUAGCUUUCACGCUCGGGUUUGUGCACUGUCACGUGUUCUACGAUUCGACGGACCCAACCCGCUAGGUCUAGGCCGCAGCCCGGUAGACGAUAAAGAAGAUGGGGAGAUCUUGGGACUGUUUUCGCGAAAUCAUAUCCAUUAUCCAAUGGUAACGCAUGCAUGUUUCCGAGCCGAGCUGGUAUUUGGCGGUAUCAGCCCAGCGAGUACACCUUACGAGCUGUGGUGGGUACUAAGAAAGAUGCAAGUCACGAGCAUCAUGUGUCACGAGACAUUGCUUCCCGUCUUGAACAAGGCAUUCAAAUUAGGUUCCGGGGACGGCGACAGCCUGCCCCUGAAGCUUGUGUUGAAUCCCAAGAAGGUCGUCGUGUUGAGCGACAACCCACGACUAAAUACUAUUUCUGAAUACCGUACAAUCGAGUCACUCGUCAGGACAGGCGAAGAAUUGCUUGAGAGGCCGUGGAGACUGCACGGCGGAAACCGAAUGGCAUAUUUGUUCCAAUCGUCAGGCACAUCUGGUUUGCCAAAGGCGAUGAUGAUUACACACAGAAACGCCUGUCACUCUGGCAUUCAAAGUGUCGUCGGUUCCAUCCAAGCCGCACGAUAUGCAGGAGUUGAGCCACUGCAGCCAGCAGCUAUGCUCGGCGUGAUACCCAUGUACCACUCAUACGGCAUGCUUCUCUACAUUCUCCGCGUGAAUAUGGCACCCAUCACCAGCAUCAUGCUCCCGAAGUGGGAUGUUGAGCUCGCACUCAAGAGCAUUGAAAAGUACAAGGUCGGAUACCUUCCGCUCGUGCCACCUCAAGUGCGCCAGCUCGCUCAGAGCCCACUCACGGAAAAGUACGACUUGAGCUCUGUAGUAAGCGCUUCGAGUGGAGCGGCAUACCUACCAUCAGAUGUCGCAUACCAAUUAGCGAAAAAGUUACCCCAAGGCGCCGCAAACCCUGUGCCUAGCGGUUACGGUAUGAGCGAAGCGCUCAGUAUCGCAAGCGCACCUGCACCCGGCAUAUUUGGUCUUGCGCCGGUACUGCCAGGGAUGAUUGGCUACCUGCUCUGCGGCAUGCAAGCCCGCGUCGUAGACCCAGAUACACUACAAGAUGUAUCUAAAGGCUCAAAGGGUGAACUCUGGGUCCGGGGCCUUGUAGUGACGCCCGGAUACUUCAAAGACCCAAAGGCAACAGCAGACCUCUUCACUGAGCCUGGCUGGCUGCGAACAGGCGAUCUGGUCAUGCGCGACGAACAUGACCGCAUCCACUACCUCGAUCGGCUCAAAGAAAUGAUCAAGGUAAAAGGCUUACAGGUUGCUGCUACAGAAGUUGAAGACACGCUACUUGAGCACCCAGAACGUCUCGUUCGCGAUGCAUGUGUAGCUGGUGUUGACAACGGCCGCGGUGACGGCUCUUUGUUUGUCAGAGCCUGGGUCGUACUUAGCCCCGAGGGAGAGAAGCAAGGCGAGGAAGCCGUAGCGAAGAAGCUUCAUGGAUUUAUCGAGGGGCGCUUAAGUCGGCAUAAGUGGAUGACUGGUGGAAUCGAAGUCGUGGAAUCGGACGCCAUCAGGAAAAAUGCUGAGGCGCGAGAUGCGGGAUCGGUUCCAUGCGCGUAUGAGGAGCAGCAAUGGCAGCGCAAAGCUAUAGUAUACUACACCUCUGCACCGUCAAUCUCUUCAGCAAAGUCAGUGGACUACUCAGAUAAGGUCGUCUUUCAUCGCGCCAAGUAUCCAUAG